UGGAGAGGCCAGAAGGUUUCUGGCGGCGACGGCGCCAUCUUGCCGGAGCCUGAGACCGAGUGGGAGUGGAGUGUAGCGGCCGUUGUUGCCGACUCUUUCCUUCUCCCCACGGUCCAGUCAGCGGGUUGGUUAGGCCAUAGGCCCUCAAGCCGAGACUUGUCUUUUGUUUAAUUCUGGGGAGCGCCUGGCCGACAUGAGUGAUGUAGAGGAGAACAACUUCGAGGGCAGAGUUAAUGUUCGUGAAGAAAUUGAAGAGUUUUUUCCAAGAAUGUGGAAGAUAAAUCAAGAUAAAAGAAGGCUAAUGAAAAGUAUUAAAGAUCAGAAAAUUAAAAUUGAAUGGGGGAAAAAAUUGAACAGAAGAUUGGUCAGAUAGAAGCACUUGAAUAUUUUUUUAAGGCUAUUUUGAAUUGUUUGAAUUGGGGAAGAAUACACGAAGUAUGAAAAAUGAAAAACUCAAUGAAGAAUGAAGAGAAGUAGAAAGCAAGAGUGAAGUAGAAUUAAAAGAAUCUGGAAGAAUGAAUGGGUCCUAGGUUAAGUAAAUGAGUCUCGCUCUCAGUCAAAAUCUCCAACUGGAACUCCUGCUCGUGUAAAAUCGGAGAGCAGGUCAGGAUCUCGGAGUCCAUCAAGGGUUUCCAAACAUUCUGAAUCCCAUUCUCGAUCAAGAUCAAAAUCCAGGUCAAGGUCAAGGAGGCAUUCUCACAGACGUUACACUCGAUCCAGAUCCCAUUCUCACUCUCAUAGGAGACGGUCUCGAAGUAGGUCAUACACACCAGAAUACCGGCGUCGAAGGAGCCGAAGUCAUUCUCCAAUGUCUAACCGGAGAAGACAUACAGGCAGCAGGGCGAACCCAGAUCCCAACACCUGUCUUGGAGUGUUUGGCCUCAGUUUGUACACAACAGAGAGAGAUCUUCGUGAAGUAUUUUCACGGUAUGGACCAUUGAGUGGCGUCAAUGUGGUUUAUGAUCAGCGAACUGGACGGUCAAGAGGAUUUGCUUUUGUUUAUUUUGAGAGAAUAGAUGACUCAAAGGAGGCUAUGGAAAGGGCUAAUGGAAUGGAGCUGGACGGUAGAAGAAUUCGUGUGGAUUAUUCUAUCACCAAGAGAGCACAUACACCUACCCCAGGCAUCUACAUGGGCAGACCAACUCAUUGUCCCUCAGUGUCCACCAGGGAUUGGUUCCAGGACCCCUUGGAUACCAAAAUACAAAGAUGCUCAAGUGCCCUGUGUGACAUGGCAUGGAUCGAUGCAUACAGCCAGCCCUCCAGACUCCCAACCAUAGAUCAAAAACAGUACAGCAGUGGCGGCGGAGGAGGCGGAGGUGGGGGCGGCAGGCGUCGCGACUCUUACUAUGAGAGAGGCUAUGAACGUGGUUACGACAGAUACGAAGACUAUGAUUACCGGUACAGAAGAAGAUCACCUUCUCCUUACUAUAGUCGGUACAGAUCACGAUCAAGAUCUCGUUCCUAUAGCCCAAGACGCUAUUGAUAAACAGAAUGGUUGCAGUUGAGGACAUCUUUUUCUUUUCUCUCUUUUUUGUUGUUUAAUUCUGGAUUUCCCUGAGCUUCUGAUCUUUCCUACAUCUUGAAAAGAACCCUUAAAAAAAUCUUUGGUUUAUUUAGCAUCUACACUUUGUCCAUCGGAGUGCUGUUUUCUGCCCCUUUUAUUAUACUCUUAAAGAUGUAAUUGUCAUUUGGAGUGGUUAAACAUCUUGAGUAAAAAAGGAACUCCCAGUGUUAUGCUUUGUAAAUGGUGUGUUGUUUGGGGUUUGUUUUUUAUUUUUUUAGGGUUUUUUUUUUUCUUUUAUUGAAAAUAAACUCCUGGCUAAUCAGAUGAGGAAAGAAAUGGUCUUUUUAAAGCUUCUUUUGUGUUAGAUACUGUAUUGGACACUGUAUUAGAAAUCUGCAUUUACAGUGAACUGCUUUUUUAACUUUCUUUUGGGGAAGAUAGUAACACAUAAAGUAGUUCAGUCAUGUCAAGUUUGUCAGGGGUGGCAUGAAACAGUCAAAUAGUUGAGUGUAGAAACUUUGAAGCUAUAAACGAAAAGUUGGUCAUUUCUUUUGAAAAAUUGAAUUUUUGAACCUUAAAAAUUAUGUCAUUCUUUUAAAAAUGGAAAGUUUGUGGACACCUAUAAGACAUAUUGUAUUUAAAAUACAUCUGUUAAAACUUAAACUUAAAAGUGUGGUUUUUGUAUUGAAUAUAUUGAAGUUUUAAGUACUCCCUUAACCAGUGAAGGACAACCUUUAUUAUUUAUUACUUAGAGCAAUUGUAUACUUUGCUGUUAGAAAUUUUGGUGUUAGGACAAUGGUUAAGCAGGCUGUUGUAUAGUAUAGAGUCCUUAGAGGAUAUGUGUGGGGAAAAGUAGUCUCCUUUCAAAUAAAAGUUAAUUUCUUUGAAAAUA